UGCGUAAAGUAGGCUAUAGUAGGUGGUCGCGCAUGGCAUCUCAGUGGCUGCUCGCGCUCUGCCGUCCUCUGCCGCUGGGUCGCUGCUGAUGCCGUGCGGAGCGGGGCGGCUGCAACCGCAGUUCCCAAGACUGAAGUCGAACGAAACGGGAUAGUGGGUUGAAAUAUGAUUAUGGAUCGUCCGAGCCGUUUCUCAUCGCUCGGACAGCUGUAACGUCGGCGGACGCGCGUGGAUUCAUCAAAGGGUCGAUGUUUAGGGCUUCACUUGUUUGACAUUCACCCAGCGACAGUAAGCAUUGCACGCUCUGCUGUUUGAUGCGCCACAGAAUGAUCGAAGAAGGCAGCAAACGAGGCAAGGCCAUGGUGGAGAAGAGACAGCUCUUCAUGGAAAUGAGAGCUCAAAACUUCGAUGUCAUCAGACUGUCGACUUACAGGACGGCCUGCAAACUGCGGUUUGUGCAGAAGAGAUGCAACCUUCAUCUGGUGGAUGUCUGGAACAUGAUUGAAGCCUUUCGUGACAACGGGCUCAACACGUUGGACCACAACGCUGAGAUCAACGUGUCGCGUCUGGAGACUAUCCUGUCUUCCAUCUACUACCAGCUCAACAAGCGGCUGCCCACCACCCACCAGAUCAACGUGGAGCAGUCCAUCGGGCUGCUGCUCAACUUCAUGGUGGCCACCUACGACAGUGAAAGCCAUGGGAAGCUGACCGUUUUCUCAAUGAAAUCCAUGCUGUCAACAAUGUGUGGAGGGAAAAUUGUGGACAAACUACGUUAUAUUUUCUCCCAGAUAUCAGACUCAAGUGGAAUCAUGAUGUUUGCAAAGUUUGAUCAGUUUCUUCGAGAGGUGCUGAAACUCCCAACGGCCGUGUUCGAGGGUCCUUCCUUUGGCUACACGGAGCAUUCGGUGCGGACGUGCUUCCCUCAGCAGAAGAAGAUUAUGCUGAACACGUUUUUGGAUGUGUUAAUGGCAGAUCCCCCCCCUCAAUGCCUCGUGUGGCUACCGCUCAUGCACCGACUUGCUAAUGUUGAAAAUGUCUUCCAUCCGGUGGAAUGUUCAUAUUGCCGGAGCGAGAGCAUGAUGGGUUUCCGAUAUCGCUGCCAACAGUGCCAUGGCUACCAGCUCUGCCAGAGCUGCUUCUGGCGUGGCCAUGCCAAUGGUCCCCAUAGCAACCAGCACCAGAUGAAGGAACACUCGUCUUGGAAGUCUCCGGCCAAAAAGCUGAGCCACGCAAUCAGUAAAUCUCUAGGCUGCGUCCCCAUCGGUGAGCCGCCACAUCCUGUGUUCCCCGAGCAGGCCGAGAGACCACAGGAUCUCACCCAUACUGUUCAGCCGAAACCAGUGGCCAACAACAUGAACGACACAAUGCUCAUGUCCUCUGGGGCACCUACUCCUACCAAAAGUGUCUUGGAGAGUCCCAGCCGGCUAGAUGAAGAGCACCGCCUCAUCGCUCGAUACGCUGCCCGCCUGGCAGCCGAGGCGGGAAACUCCACACAACAAUGUCCUCCAACAGAUCUGGGCUUCAACUUUGAUGCAAAUAAGCAACAGAGACAGCUGAUUGCAGAGCUGGAGAACAAAAACAGGGAGAUCCUCCAGGAGAUCCAGCGGCUGCGUUUGGAACACGAGCAGGCCUCUCAGCCAACCCCAGAAAAGGCCCAGCAGAACCCCACACUUCUGACUGAACUGCGGCUCCUCAGACACAGGAAAGACGAGCUGGAGAGGCGCAUGUCGGCUCUGCAAGAGAGCAGACGGGAGCUGAUGGUGCAGCUGGAGGGACUCAUGAGGCUUCUAAAGGAUGAGGAACAGAAGCAGGCUUCCCAGUCUGGAAGCUCCCCUCAUUCCUCCCCUAGUCACGGUGCAGGUUGCUCCAUGCCCAUGCCCAUUCGCUCCACCUCAGCUGGGUCCACCCCGACUCACACACCACAGGACUGCCUGGCAGGGGUGGGAGGGGAUGUGCUUGAGGCCUUUGCUCAGGGUGUACCUAGAAAUCUUCGGAAUGAUCUAUUAGUAGCUGCUGACUCAAUCACAAACACCAUGUCAUCGCUGGUGAAAGAGCUCCACUCAGUUGAUGACGUGGGAGUGGAAGAGGAGACCAACAUGAGGAACGGUGGGGACAGAGGCACGUUGAGAGUACAGAAGCACUGAAGACAAGAGAACACCAUUCCACCCUGUAAGGACAUACAGUCAUCAACUGGGAAGAAUCAGUAACAGUAACAACAACACAAACAACAACAACAACAACAACAACAACAACAACCACCCCUGGCAUUAGCACGUAGAGUAAUGCAUGCUGUAAUCUAACAAGAUUUCACUAUGUGAAAAAAACGUCUCUUCACACCUUGCAGGUAGCAAGAUGUGUCUAAUUAGCGAGUGUCUAUGUUGUCCUGUAAACAGAAUCUGCUGUAAUUACCCAAUGAUUUCCCUCAUGACUGCUAAGGAAUGGCUUGCUGUGCCCCCCCCCCCCCCAACUGUUCCAUUGCAGCAGAUCAUUCUGUAUAUAAAGUACUACAAACACAUGACCACGGGAACGCCCCGACAUGAAGGUGACAACAUGUUCCCUGUUGUUGCUUUUGUAUGAUUAGCGCUAGUGUUUUUUUUCUCCUUUUUUAUAAUUUCUGCAUGAAGUUGCACUCAAGUCUGGAUUUAGGUACUGUACCACGCUAUGCCAGCAAACUGUGGGACUUAUAGUGAUAGCUGGGGUGACAGAAGUGUCUUGCCUCAGAAUUCCCGCUGAGUGUGUUCACUUGCAAAAUAAUAUUCUGAAGUUUGUUAAGAACAAAGCAGAAUUCUGGAUUUGCUACACUGUCAAUUAAUAAUAGUUUGACAUUUUGGGAAAGACACUGUCUCGCCUACUGUCUAGAAGUUGGAUAAGAUCAAUGGCAUUCCCAUAUUUGUGCAUCAAAUGUGAAGCUGGAGCUUGAAGAUUAGAAGAAGGAGGUUAGCAUAAUUUAGCAUAAAGACUGGAAUUGGGGAAACAACUAGCCUGGCUAAGCUUUUAGCUUAGCUUAACAUCAAGGCUGAAAACAGCUAGCUUUAUUCUGCGCAGAGGUAACACAAUCCACCUACUAGCACCACUAAAGCUCAAUAGUUAACAUGUUAUAUCUCGUUUGUUUAAUCCAUACAAAAACCAAAGUGUAAAAACAACAAGUUGUGGUGUUACAUGAUGUCGCAUGCUGGACUGUUUCUUGGCUGAGUUUUUGGCCGGUUUUGCCUGUCAGUGAGGCUGACAGGCAAAACCACAACUUAUUGGUAACUCGUUAUUACGCUUUGUUUUCAUACAGAUUAAACAAAAAGGAGCUAUAGUCAGACAAGCUCUUUUCCCCUGUUCCCAGUCUUUAAGCUAAGCUAUCUACUUGCUCCGCUUUCUCAACAAAAUGUUGAACUAUUCCUUUAAUCAUUUAAAAAAAAAAAUAAUGAAAUAAGUUGGUUGCACCUCUCUCUAGGAGAGGUUUCCCUUAUAAUAUUAUUUCUAUGAAUGUGUGCAGGAAUAUCUGUUAUUACAGCAUAAAGACGCACAUAGGCAACUUAUCUCCAUGCAGACUUAAACAGGAAUAAUAGGUGGCAUCCAGAAUACUGCAUGCAUGUAAACACACCCAGUGAGUCACAUACUGUACUGCUGCUACUGUGCUCUUGUCGAGCCACCCUUCCAAAUAAGAGGGCUGUGCGAUUAAAGGAAACCAAGGGGCCCUACAAACACAAUGAGCCCAGUUGCUGUUUCCUGCCUGUGAAAACCUAACUGAACACACCUGACUAGCCGGCAGCCUCAGUAUUUAUUGUUUUAAAAGUGUAGGGAAGCACCUCAGGAUGUUUAAAUAGUAAUGAACUAGGCAUUGAGUUUUAGUUGUCAGUUACAAAAUGAGCAAUUACACAGUACGUGAGGAUAUAAGGUCGUAGUGAGCAAAGUAGGAAAUGCUUUGAUAGCUUUAUCUAGUUAAUGAAGUUAUAAUGAACAUGUGUAUGUGCAAUGAAGGUUGGUGCUCAGGGACUGCAGAGCUACUCUAGUUAAAAUAUGGUGGUAUUGUCCUUUGACUGCUAGAUGUUAUUGGCCACAGAUGGAGAGAGUAAAGGUCAGUGAUGAUUAAAAAUGGAGUUUCAUUCCAAAACACAACCACUGUUGUUCACAAAUAAAAAUUGCUUGUGGUCCCUGCUGUAAGAUUUAGUUAAAAAGUCACUAAUGUAGUUCAUUUUACGCUAAUUUCCCCAGUCAAUUUGUAAAUUGGAAUAGGAAUGAAACUCUUUAAAUAAAUAAAUAGAGGAAAACAACAGCAAGUGGUUAAAUGCUAGGUAAAGAAUGUGGAUCAUUAGGAGAGGUUUUUCUUAAGUGCUAUUUGGUGAAGCAUGUUGGUGGAUAUAGUUUUGCCUGUGUGUGAAUUUCUGUCUUUCACGGUAAAGCAAAGAGAUCAGUUUGGUACAGAGGUAGCUGUCAACCAGGGAGGAUGUUUAUUUAGAGUAAGGUCUAAGUCACCUUUGCAUUUUUGUCUUCUGGUUCAAUGUUUUUUGUCCUUCAGGGUAGCCAUUCAUCUCAUAAAAUGAGCAAUGUUUGGUUUUUAGUGAAUGCAAUGUGAUAAAGGUCAGGGAGCAGUUUUGGAGUAAAAUGUCCUGCUCUGAAAGGAAGUUAAACCUGACUGAAUCGAACUAAAGAGCAUUAACGGUUUGUUUUGAGAUCUGUACAGUAAGCCUAUCCUCUAAGCUAAGCUAUAAGUAUAAGGUUUCAACAACCUGUUACACUGUGUCAAGACAAAGAACAAAAAGAGGCUCCUUUGUUACAUUUUUAAUGUGAUAUUUUUAUUCAGUUCUCUGUUCUGCUCUAUGUCAUCAUUAUUGUUUAGUAUUAGUGGAGUAUAGUCACUGUAAUGAGUUUGUCAAAGCAGAGAAUCACGUGCACACUCGUGCUUGCAUUGUCACCCAAGAUCUAAAUAAUUUGAAGAAAGCAGAAACCAUGAAGGACCACUGCUGUCAAAACAGUUCAGUAGAAAAAGGUCCAGAAAUUAAUCAAAUUCAGAGGUCAAAAUGUAAAGACUUACUGUCUUCCCCUUCACUCUGGCCACACAUUUGAAUUAUUUUCAUUCUUUCAGUUUGUGCCUGUAGCUGUUCUGUAAAAGUGUUGUAUAAAAGUAACCAUUCAGCAAAUAAGAUCAUCUAUCAGCCUUUAGGUCUGUCACUUUGUACAGAUUUUAUUUGUUUAGUUAAUGUGUUUUGGGGAAAUCUCAAGCUCAGCCUUUACAUUUGUGCCAAACUGUUUGCAGAUAUUGUGUGUCACACAAAUGGCAGGUAUAUAUCAAAGUAUAUCUGUAUUAGUAUGGUGUUGUUGCCCAUAGUUUAUUCACAGAAUGCCUGGAGAUGUUGAAAGUUAAUGGUUUCCACUGCUGGGAAAAAAAAAAACAUUUAAUAAUUAAUAAAGACAAACAACACAAUCCAAAUCUACUGAUAGGCUCACUCGUAGCCGACAUGGAGGCAGUAUACCCAGUCACAACAACUCGGUGUCACACAGAUGAAACCCAGCCGGUCAUACAGAGGUGCAGACAUUGUGAGCCUUUUAUUGUUUGCAGAGAGGAAAUGUGCAAAGAGGAACAACCUUGACGGCAACGCUCCCCUGAUGUUAUUUAUCUAUGUAUGUGUUCUGUACGGUUAUGCUUCUGGUACACAUUUGUUUCUCAUGUUGAUUUUACAACAGUUUUAUGUCACAAAGCCACUGUCUUUUGUAAAUAAAUCAAAUGUGAGAUAUAUUAAAAAGAUUUAAAAUAUG